GGAAAAAAAAAAAUGAGGGCGGAAGUGGAAAACACGAAAGAAAGGAGCGGGGGAGGGGGGAACACGGCACCCAGUGAGCAUCUGACUGGUACCAGUUUGUCGGUGGGCUUCUCUUUUUGACACCUGGGUGCCAUACCGAAAGGGCUCUGAGGUAACGGCCAUAAAGGAAACAGAUUUGUCAAGCCUGCCAGCCUCAUCGCUCACUGCCAGCUCUGUGAACGUGGUCCCUGCAAGUACUCAUUACCAGCCUGGAAGCAGCCCCUCAAUAACCAGGCAUAGAAGCUCCAGACGUGUUCUUCAGCCCGUGCAAGGAGCCAGACCUUGUGUGCAGAGGGCCACAAGAAAAAUGCCUGGGGGAGUGGGGCCAUGGAGUAGCAUGGCUUCCCUGUGCCCAUCUCUGGCUGUGUGGCUCGGCACACAACCAGAAGUCACCACCAGAAAGAAGAGUUAGGCCAGCCCUCAAACUUGAGGAGCAUAACCAGCUCAAAAAAAAACCCCACACUUUCCCACAGGAAGCAGUGAAUCUGGCUGGCAGACGAAAGCAAAUGUGGUUACAUGUGAAAGCCGUUGAUUUCGACUGAAUGGCUCAAGAUUCAUGAACCUUUGUGGAAGAGCAUUACAGGCUGCACAGGGGUAGCAGGAACUAGAGCUUGUUUUUAGGGUUCUGCUACUGUAGGGGAAUGAAAACCAGUAUUUCAUUUGCCCAAAACCAGUUCAUACUUGUCUUAUGGCAAUACAGACUUCUUCUCAUAAGCAUGCCAGAGCAGGUGAGAUGAUUCAGCUUACUGUGGUUUUAUGUCCUAAAGUGCUGGUCCCUUGCCACUGCUUCUGCUUUUCAGAGUUUGAAGCUGCUUGUGCUAUUAUCUCGAUUUUUUUUUUUUAAUUAUUUAUAUAGGCAAUGUGGGAAAAGCUAGGAGAAUGAUUGCACUUGAAAUAAGAGCUCUGCUUGGGUGAGUUUUUGAUUCACUUACACUGUGCUUAAACUACACCAUCAGCCAAAUGGAGGGAAACUCCCAAAUGGCACACAUCUUUUUCCUCCACCUCCUAAAUCACAUGCCAGCCUUGGGAUCUCCAGCCUAGGAGAUGUAGAUGAGUGCAGCAGGGCUCCAGUGCUCCUAAUUCCCUCCUUCCCCCCACCCCACCCCCAGCAGUUUUCUUCCCCAGUGGUAUUUUGGAAGAUGUAGAAUCUGGCUAGAUAGUAACUAGAGCGAAAGGAGGCUGUACAUGAAAAUGUACGCGUUUGUUCUCAAAGACAAUAAGGUAGUGAGUGUUUUUUUUUCUCAGGAAUGUGUUUUUGUAAGGCAAAUAUCCCUGAAUAUCUUUGGAGAUCAGCAGGUUCUCUAGCGAUCCUGCUCUGGUUCCCAGAAGUAUUUUCCCUUCUUCCCUGCUAAUGUUUCUUUGGCACUGACUUCCAUGAGCCUUAGACAGAAGGUCAGGAAUUACUUUCCAGAUUAGAACUGGAUAGUGAAGCUAUUAAAAGGCAAUCAAGUGCACUAAAAGCUCAGAAAGAGCCUUAAAUUUAACUUUCUCCCUCUCCAAAUCUAUUUUUUAAGUUACAAUAUCCAACUACUAUAGUGGCAAGAAAGAGAUGUGUUUUUUUUCCACCCUUCCUGACAGUAAAAUGAUAAGGAAAAUGAAACAACAAAGAAUUUUAGGCCUAAAACAAUUGUCCAGAACUGAAAUGCUUUUUCUCCCAGCAGGGUGAGAGCUUAGCACAAUGAUAAAGUUUCAAGAAUGUACCUUGGUUCAUCCUUUUAAGACUGCAGAAAGCAAGACAGACACCUAAGCAGCAGAUAAACUUUCAAAGUAGGAAACAGCUCAUUUUAUGGAAAGCAAGGAUUUAGCAUUGGAAUCUAAUCCAUCUGAUCAUCCUAGAGCAAGCACAAUUUUCCUUAGCAAGUCUCAAACAGAUGUGAGAGAGAAGAGGAAGAGUAACCACAUCAACCAUGUUUCUCCAGGGCAGCUUACGAAAAAAUACAGCUCAUGCUCAACAAUAUUUAUAGAUGACAGCACUGUCAGUCAACCUAAUCUUAGAAGCACAAUAAAGUGUGUAACAUUAGCAAUAUUCUACCACAUAAAGAACAGAGAUUCAGACAGAUCAUUGGAUAUUUUUGAUGAAAAAUCUCAUCCUCUCACACGGGAAGAAGUUCCAGAUGACUACUACAAGCAUGACCCUGAUCACAAGCACAUCUACCGGUUUGUUCGGACACUUUUCAGUGCUGCACAACUGACAGCUGAAUGUGCAAUAGUGACAUUGGUUUAUUUGGAAAGGCUUUUAACCUAUGCAGAGAUUGACAUCUGCCCUAGUAACUGGAAGAGGAUAGUCUUAGGAGCUAUUCUGCUGGCUUCCAAAGUCUGGGAUGAUCAGGCUGUUUGGAAUGUGGAUUAUUGCCAAAUAUUGAAGGACAUUACUGUUGAGGACAUGAAUGAGAUGGAAAGACACUUCUUGGAGCUACUGCAGUUUAAUAUCAAUGUUCCUGCCAGUGUUUAUGCCAAAUACUACUUUGAUCUCCGCUCCCUAGCAGAUGACAAUAACCUGAGCUUUCUGCUGGAGCCUCUUAGUAAAGAGAGAGCACAGAAACUGGAGGCUAUCUCCCGGCUGUGUGAAGAUAAAUACAAAGACUUGUCAAAAGCUGCUAUGAGACGAUCUUUCAGUGCUGAUAAUUUAGUUGGUAUCCGCCGUUCUAAUGCCAUCCUCUCCUGAGGAGAGAGAAAGGUGCAGCACCAUGAACCAGCAUCCAUAUCAAUCGGAGGAAUACCACCACUCCAUGCACACAAGCCAGCGGUGAUGGUGUCUUCCAGCAAAAGGAGGAGAGGAGGGGUAAAAUUAGCCAAGGGAGCCCAGAGCUUGAGGAGCAUACUUGGUGCAAAAGACAAGACCUUUAUCAAAUCAACUCUCUCCUCCUUUUAAUUUAUCCAGAGGUGCAAAAACAAACUUCUCUCCAUCUUUUCCCCACAGAUGUUUGCUUACUAUGUAGGCCUAUAGCUGUGAACUCUUGAGGUUUUUAAUAAUAAGUAGUUUUAAAUUUUAGAAGUUAAACACUAACCACAUGACUAUAGUUACAAUGUUCUUCCCUCCUCUCCCCUGUCAUCCAGAGUCUCACUGCAUUUGUAUUUCAGGCAAAUGCAGUGUUAACAAAAACAAAACAGAAAAUGGGACUCUUUAAAGUAUAAAGCCACUCUGGAGCUGAAAACAAUAGCAUAGACAUGUGUUGAUGGUUUGUUCCCUGGUUUGGCUACUAAAAGCUGCUAUUAUUGGUGAUCUGUUUGUAACCAAGAAGCUGCACAGCAGGAAGGAAUCCCAGCUCUGCACCAACUUCACUCCGGUAAAGAUUGUCAAAAGACUUUGAAUGUUUUGUCUGGGGGCAGAGAGAUGGUUUUAUGUAUUGUUAAAAUAUAUAGGGUCCAUGCUGCAUUUCUUGUGAAUUAUGGUGCUUCUCUCAUUUUCUAAUACUUAUUAUUGCUCCGGAAGAGACGCAAUCUGUAUAUUUUUCUGAGGCAUUGAAUGAGAAAGUUGGUCUGGAAACAUCAUCACCAUCCUAAACAGUGUAGCAAUCCAGUGGUAAAUGGCAUGUGUGCAGCACUGCUUCUCGAGUUCUACUGCAGAUCUCUUGUGCUAUAUACAGUGGAGUUCCUAAAGCUGAUAUUGUGCAUCCAUCUGGCUCUCCUUGAGUAUUUGUUUCUUGGGAGGGAUUUAUAUUCAUAAUAAGACAGUAAUGAGUUUGAGAAUCCUGGACUACCUAACAGGGUAGAUUUAAAAAAAAAAAAAAAAAAAGUUCAGUUUAUAAUUGUCAAAAAUAUUUCUUUAAAACUUUUUUUCCCCCUAAAGUGAAUUUUAUCUUGUGCAACUGCUCUUGGGUUUUGUUCCUUCUGAGACUUUGGAAUGGGACCUCACUAUCAGGCUCUGAACCUGAACUCUAAACAGGAUAAGUAUUAUUAGACUCUUCCUGUUACAAGUCUUUGUAAUAUCUUCCCUUCUUGGAUCCAAAUAGAUUCUAGGCAGUUUGUCCUAGGAGCAGAUCUCCCUCCAAAUAGCACAGUUUCUGUGCACUUCCUCUUCCAGCCAAGGUCCAGAAACUUACACUGAAUAGCAAGUCCAUACGCUUUUGAGAGUGGGGAUGUCUGAGUGCAGUCGGUUUGGCUGCACUCAACUGUUAAAAUGAUGCAUAAAGUCUCUUGUGGUAUGCAAAUAUGCCAGCCCCUGGCUCUCAAAUCCAUGGAACUUGGCACUUCAGGUUGAUCGCAAUUCAAUUUUGAAAAUAAUGCUACAUCUUCAGGUGGUUUUCCUUUCUCAUGUUUGUAUUAAAAGAAAAGCUAAUAAACUCUAUUUUAAUUAAAGUUAAA